CAGGCUCUGCUAAGAUGCCAAAAAGUAGUCUGAUAACUUGUGUUCUUAUUUGCUUUGCAAUUUAUCAUGAUGAUGCAAAGGCAGAGAAGCACUGUCGGCCAGCAUCUUGUGGGGAUCUCCAUCACAUUAGGUACCCGUUUCACUUGAAAAGUACUGGUGCUUCUGCUAACAAUUGUCUGAACUCUCCAGCUGAACUUUUAUGUGAGCAGAAUCGCACCAUUUUAAAACUUUACAAUGGUACAUAUUAUGUCAUGGGAAUCAACUAUGAAUUGGAGACGAUCCAGGUUGUGGAUCCUGGUCUACUAAGCGAUACUUGCCCCUUUAGGCCGAUUCACCGUUUGACAAGUGAUAACUUUACCGUUGGCCUUGACGAAGAAGACUACGAACUAUUUCUUUCCGGACCCGGCUUUGGUAAUUAUGGGUAUGCAACCUUCUAUGAUUGCCAGUCGAAAGUUGAGUCCCCAGACUACAUAAAAAUUAGUUGCAGUAAUAGCUCAUCGUUGUCGUCACCAACUACAUAUUCUUACAUUAAGCUGGGAGAUAGUGUGUCUCAUCUUCUACCAUAUUGUAGUAUCACCACCAUCAUCCCUUCCAUGUUAUACGAAUCUGGUAAUGAUGACCUUUCAUUUUCUUUCAUCCGCGAUGAGUUGAGAAAGGGCUUUCAACUUGAUUGGUUCAAUCUUGUCCCACACAGUUACUGCUACAGCCGAUUCCAGUCCCACUAUUGUUUUCGCAAAUACUUGAAACAAGAUUUUGUACUAGCUGCCGAGAUCACCGGAUUGAGUCUGGCUGGACGAAUGGCACUCAGCAUCAUUGCUUUGCUGGUUUUCUGGAGCUACAAACUGUAUUGGAAAAAGUUCCGGCAGGAUGAUAAGGCCGUUGAAGAAUUCUUGGAUGCGUACAAGAAUAUUAUGCCAAGCAGGUAUUCAUAUUCAGAAAUUAAGACGGUGACGAAUGAUUUCAAAGAUAAACUUGGUCAGGGAGGUUUUGGCUCUGUUUAUAAAGGCCAGCUAUCAGAUGGUCAUGUUGUUGCAGUAAAGAUGUUGAAUGAUUCCAAAGGUAAAGGGCAAGAUUUCAUCAAUGAAGUUGCUACAAUAGGAAGAAUUCAUCAUGUCAAUGUAGUGCAACUAAUUGGAUUCUGUUCCGAGGGGUCUAAAAGAGCUCUUGUUUAUGAUUUCAUGCCUAAUGGAUCCCUCGACAAAUAUAUCUUGUGUGAUGCAGAAAAUAAUCCUACUCUAAGUUGGAAUAGAAUGCAUGAGAUAGCUCUAGGGGUGGCUCGUGCAAUUGAAUAUCUACACCGGGGAUGUGAUAUCCAAAUUCUACAUUUUGAUAUUAAGCCCCACAACAUUCUCCUUGAUGAAAACUUUAAUUCCAAAAUUUCAGACUUCGGGCUUGCAAGAUUUUACCCGAGAGAUCAGAACACUAUUUCUGUUACUGCAGCAAGAGGCACAAGGGGAUAUAUAGCUCCAGAAAUGUUCUACAAAACUAUUGGUGGUGUUUCCUACAAAGCUGAUGUUUAUAGCUUCGGAAUGUUGUUACUGGAAAUGGCAGGGAGGAGGAAAAACUUGAAUGCACAUGCAGAACAUUCGAGCCAAAUAUAUUUCCCUUCGUGGAUCUAUGAUCAACUGGAAAAGGGAUUGAACAUUGAAAUUGAGGAUGCCUGUGAGUAUGACAAGAGAAUAGCCAAUAAGAUGCUCAUUGUUGCUUUGUGGUGCAUACAACUCAUGCCUGUGGACCGCCCUUCGAUGACCAAAGUUUUAGAGAUGCUUGAAGGUGAAGAUCAAGUCUUGCAAAUGCCUCCAAAACCGUUCUAUUGUCCCCAACAGAUGCCAACUGAGGAUUUACCUGAUGACAGCGAUGAGACAGAUAUUGAAGAGGAUGCAGAGAGUGCUACAGAAUCUACUUCCAUGGUGUAAGGGGAUGCAAUUAAUGCCCUAUUCAUUCUUGUAUGCCUCUUCUUAAGCUUCAUUACAAUUCGAAACUUCGAAUAACAGGUCACUAAUGAGCUUUAUCAAGAUCUAUUGAAAAUUGUUUAUUUAAUCAGUUCCUAAGGGAAUUCUAGGAAUUUCAUAUUAAACUAGUGUGAUGUCUUCUCUUGUCUGGGUGAACACAUAAUUCAAAAGCUUAUUUACUUUC